AUGUUGACUAAGGGAAAGCACCCGGGGGACGGUAGGGUUGGUAUGGGGGUUAGGGUGGGUACGGGUUCGGAGCGGGUGUCAUUUAUCGGCGCCACGAAUCAGAACCCCCCCUCCAACAGCACUCCCCAGACCCCCCCUCCAACCAUGGCGGCUUUCAAGCUCCUCUUGGUGGUGUCCCUGUGCCUGGCGGUCUCUGUCAGCGCUCAAACGCCGCGCCUGGAUCCCACCAUGUUUACGUGCCCCACCGGCUUCAUUCCAUUCGUCAGCAGCUUCCGGGAUACGGAUGUCGGAUGUGUGCCAGACCCAUGCGUCGGAGCUUGCGUCGGAGGCACAUGCACGAGAAGCUCGAGAGGCGCCUCUGGCUUCAGCUUUACUGCCAACCUCUGCACCUGCCAGGCGCCUGCUGUGGUGUCGCAGAUUGUAGGAAGCGACUUCUGCUAUGUGCCAGGCACCAACGUGUGUAACCCCAGCCCCUGCAAGAACGGUGCCACGUGUGCCCCCGUGAGGGACUUCGUCGGCCAGAUGGGAGCCUACACCUGCACCUGCCCUCGCAACUACUACGGCCGUAACUGCGACAUCAUGGGCCCGUUCCCGACCCCCACCCCCAAGGGCAUGCCUGCUCCGAGCGGACCGGCAGCGGAUCCUUACACGACCUUCUAAGACGCCUAACCCCGCCGGUAGCCUCCAAUUAAAGCUGAGAUUUGAAACAGGAUUUUGCGGCUUCAUUGACCAGAUGAGGAGAGUAUCAUCGGUUGUUUAGCAACCUUGAAUUUAUUUAAUUGAUUUGGAUUAAAGUAAUUUGAUUUGAUUGUCGCCUAACCUUAGCUGAAUGGUCGCAGACCGCCAGCUUAAGUUAUCUAGAAAUAAGGAUACGGGGAAGAGAACAACGUGUCCGCCAGAGUCCGAGAUGCUAAUCUACUGUCAGAUCGAGUCUGGUUUGAGUAGCUAGUGUAAUGUCGCUUUGCUGAUGUCGAGAAUAAUUGCAAACAGACAGGUGCGUUCUAGGACAUUUGCCUUGUUUACUCGUCUUGCUUAUCAUUGAUACCUGAUCUGUUCCAUUUUAUCCAUUGGUAAAGUCGGAAUUGGCUGUUUGGCUGCACUGUGAU